UCGACCAGGUCGACCUCCCAAGAGAACGCUGGGCAUGGCCACCUUGACAGACGUCUCUAGGCUCCUCCCACACGGUCUGAUAAGCCCCGCCCUGCUGUCACAGACAGGUCUGACAGCGGCGGCGAUGGCAGAGGCCCUGAAGCUGCAGAAGAUGAGGAUGAUGAUGGGUUUCCAUGGCAACAGUGAUCAGAGCAAACAGCACAAUGGAGCCGAGUCAGACAACGAUGACACAAGAGGCAGUGAAGGAUCCUGGGAGAAAGAGCAGCGCCUCCUGUCUCCUCUCUCUUCAGCUGUAGCCCCUCCUCCUGGUUCGGCGUCUCUACACCUCAACACUCUGCAGCAGCACAGCUCGCUAUUGGCAAACCGUCUGUCAGACUUCCCCUUUAUGGUCAUGCCACACCCCCUCCUCCCUGUGGGUCUGCCCCCUGCCAGCGUAGCCAUGGCAAUGAACCAGAUGAGUCAGCUGGGCAGUUUGGCAAACAUGGCCGCCGUGUCACAUGUUCAGAUAGAGGAGAGCAAGGAGUCUCCUCCAGGAAGCCCCUCCCCCUGUGUCUCCCCCACUGAUGAUGAGCUCCGCCCCCAAGACCCAACCAGCCAAUCACCUUCCAGAGCAUCUUCAUCCUCCUCAUCAACACCUCCUCCUCCAGCACACACACCGGAGCUCGAUGGAGACAUCGCAGAGCAAGAAAACAACUUUAAGAAGGUUGUGAGGGACAACGAUGACAGCAUGUUGCCCUUCCCCCUCCCCAAACCGACCAAUGAGAGGCUGCCUCUCACCUCUCAGCCGUUGUCGGUCAACAAUGCAAACUCUGCCUUCACUCCGUUUCUGUUGGCUGAAGGUCUGUCGUCCAUGGAGACACUGCUGACCAACAUACAGGGUCUCCUGAAGGUGGCGGUGGAGAGCGCUCGAUCUCAGGACAAACAGAACCAGCUUGAGAGGAAAGAGUUAAAACUGGAGCUGGAGCGGGAACGAGACGCAAGACAGACGCUCCAGAGACAGCUGAGCUCCGAGCUGCAGACACGAGUGUCGAUCCAGAGGAGGCUGAAGAAGGAGAAGAAGGCGAAGAGGAAGUUACAGGAGGCGUUGGACUUUGAGUCACGGAGGAGAGAGCAGGUGGAGCGAGCGCUCAAACACACAGACGCAGUGAUUCCUGAGAACGAGCCGGAGAACAAACAGCAGGAGAACUCUGCAGCUCAAGAGAACAGACCGUUCACCAAGCCUCCACUGCUCUUCUGAGGAGCUGCUGAUGAAGAGGAGCAGCUGAUGAAGCUGUACUGGACCUCCUGAAACAUGGACAAAUUAAAAACAAAAGAGGAACUAAACACUCAGAGUCCCAUCAGCCACCUCUCUGUCUACUUCCUGUUUUUAUUAUUAUUGUUAGUAUUAUUAUUAUUAAAGAGGGCGGAGCCUGGUGUGAACAGGACUGGUCACCCUGAUGGGGGAGGGGUUUCACGUGACACAUCACAUGAACACCUGUGAUGUCAUCAGGUGACUCUUGAUAGCAGGGGGCGGAGCCACAUUUUUUUCUCUACUGCAGUAAAACUUUGUGUCAUGUGUUCCUGUAGUUCUGGUCCCAGCUGAGGUCGGACCGUCUCUGAUCACCUGCUGAGUUCUCAACAGAACAGGAAACACAACUUAACGAGCUUAACGAGUUAACAAUCACAGUUUUGAACCCAGACCUCAGUAGUGACAUCACAGAGUGGGCGUGGUCCUGAACAUCUUAACGAGCUGUGGUCCUUAACGAGGCAGCGCUUACAGCUGAUUGGUUGUUUUUAUUUUCAGUGACCUGUACAGAGUUUAUUACAUCAUCAUCAUCAUGAGUUUAAAAUACUAAAUACUGAACACGUCUGAGUUGGUCAUUAGUUGGCCUUGUGACAAGGUGUGAGACGGUGUGAGACGAGGUGUGAGACAGUGUGAGACAAGGUGUGUGACGAGGUGUGAGACGGUGUGAGACGAGGUGUGUGAAGAUGUUUGAGGAGAGGUGUGAGACAAGAUGUGUGACGAGGCGUGAGACAAGGUGUGUGAAGAUGUUUAAGGAGAGGUGUGAGACGAGGUGUGUGAAGAUGUUUGAGGAGAGGUGUGAGACAAGGUGUGAGACAAGGUGUGUGAAGAUGUUUGAGGAGAGGUGUGAGACAAGGUGUGUGAAGAUGUUUGAGGAGAGGUGUGAGACGAGGUGUGUGAUGUGGUGUGAGACAAGAUGUGUGACGAGGUGUGAGACAAGGUGUGUGACGAGGUGUGAGACAAGGUGUGUGAAGAUGUUUGAGGAGAGGUGUGAGACGAGGUGUGUGAUGUGGUGUGAGACAAGGUGUGUGAUGUGGUGUGAGACAAGGUGUGUGACAAGGUGUGUGAUGUGGUGUGAGACGAGGUGUGUGACGAGGUGUGAGACAAGGUGUGUGAUGUGGUGUGAGACAAGGUGUGUGACGAGGUGUGAGACAAGGUGUGAGACAAGGUGUGUGACGAGGUGUUCGACAAGGUGUGUGACAAGGUGUGUGAAGAUGUUUGGGAGAGGUGGGAGACGAGGUGUGAGACGAGGUGUGUGAUGUGGUGGGAGACGAGGUGUGUGAAGAUGUUUGGGGAGAGGUGUGAGACGAGGUCUCCACAGAACCUGAACUCUGUGUUCAUGAAGAAUCAGGACUGAGCUCUGAUUAUUGAUUAUAAAUUUUGUAUCAGCUGAACUUUGUCAACGAUCAAACUCACCUGCUGCUGAUUAAAGAACGUCGGCCAUCUUUAAUCUGAAGCUCGAUGAGGUCACGAGGCGCCUGAGGUCAUGUGACCUUUGAUUUGAAUCAUUGAAACUUUGUCACAGAUUAAACCUGAAACUGAAAAAUAAACAUUGUAAUUGAUCUUUAAAUAUUUCAGUCAUUUACAUUUUUUAUUCUUCUUCUUCCCUUCCUCCUCCUCCUCAUCAUCCUCAUCAUAGGGCUGCUCGAUUAUCGAAAAAAAAUCAUAAUCAUAAUUAUUUUGGUGGUACUGUGCGACUUCCGCAGGAGACAAAAUAACAUCUCCAGGCGUUUACCCUCGAUUUCAUUCAUUUUGAAAUCGUUUGACCUCAAAAUCAUGAUCUCGAUCACCAGACGAUUAAUUGCACAGCCUUACAUCAUCAUCAUCAUCAUCAUCAUCACUCUCUGAACACCUCUUUAAUAAUCUGAACUGUUUUUAUUUCUAUUUCAGACUCAAUUGAGGUUUUUUUACAGUGU